UGUCUGAACAUAUCUCCAACAUGUCAGGACGUAUUCCAGCGCUCCACCUGCGCGCAGAGUGCUGCUCAGCAGGGCUGUAAUGUCUCUUUAAAAGGCUGAUCCCCCAUGCGCAAGAUCCAGGGGCUGGUCCUUGAUCGACUUGCAUGCGUGUGUGUGAGCGUAUGUAAAAGUGUGUCUGCGUGCGUGUGUGUGUAUGUGUGUAAGGCUGCGUGAAGAGCAAAUCGAGAUACAGUAGUAACCCAGAGUGAGGUGGCAGUCUUAGUCCACAUCGACUUGUCCAUGCACACAUCUUUAUCUGAGUCCAUAUCUGUUCGGAGUGGACGAGAAGCGGUUCGGCAUGGCUUCAGAACGUGGCUGUGGACAAUCUGGGAUCUGAUCGGGUCUGUUCUUUGUGUGGAGAGUGGCUGCGCAAGGCGUUCAUUUCUGAGUGUAUUUCUUCUCUGCUGGGACUUCGCUGGGGUUGAAUAGCAACAAAGGACGGGAGCGCGCAUUCAUGGGACGCGACUUUGACAGCUCUCCGUCUGUUCUCGUAUAACUUUAUCAGCAGUCAGCAAGGGGCCAGAUUGUGUCUGGAGCUGGAGAUAAUGGCCGAGGCUCCGCUCCCCGACACGCUCCCGGACUUGGACGUGGUCAUUGACCCGGACUUUGAGCCCCAGAAGCGGCCCCGGUCUUGCACCUGGCCGCUACCGCGACCGGACUCCAGCGCGGUGAAACCGGAGAGCACCGAGGCGGAUAUCAUACCCGAGGAGGAGGAUGACGAGGAGGACAGCGCAACCCCCACGGCAAUCACUGUCAAUGGCUCCGCUGCGGCGACGGAGGACCAGAGCAGUAACAGCCCCGUUACCGACGGUGCGUUCCCCUCCCCCGGCCACGACAGCGCAGGCUCCCCGCUCUCCACGCACUCACCGUCGGCCACCUCCGGUGCCCUGACUCCGAGCGGCUUGGCUGCAGCGCAGACCCCGAGGAAAGCAUCAUCCCGUCGCAACGCCUGGGGGAACCUCUCCUACGCCGACCUGAUCACCAAAGCCAUCGAGAGCUCACCAGAGAAGAGACUGACCCUGUCCCAGAUCUAUGACUGGAUGGUGAGAUCUAUCCCUUACUUUAAGGACAAAGGCGACAGCAACAGCUCUGCAGGAUGGAAGAACUCCAUCCGGCACAACCUGUCUCUCCACAGUCGUUUCAUCCGUGUCCAGAAUGAGGGAACAGGAAAGAGUUCGUGGUGGAUGAUCAACCCAGAGGGAGGAAAGGGAGGCAAGGCUCCACGGCGCCGGGCCGUCUCCAUGGACAACAGCAACAAGUACACCAAGUCUGCUCGUGGCCGUGCUGCUGCUAAGAAGAAGGCCGCCCUGCAGGCUGUGGCUGCUGCAGCUGGGGAAGGCGGCGGAGACAGUCCGUCAGGCCCCUCGAAGUGGCCGGGAAGCCCGACGUCACGCAGCAGCGAGGAGCUGGAUGCUUGGACAGACUUCCGCUCCCGAACCAACUCUAACGCCAGCACGCUCAGCGGCCGCCUCUCGCCAAUCUUAGCGAAUCCCGAGCUGGACGAGGUGCCUGACGACGAGCCUCCUCUCUCGCCUAUGAUCUACUCCAGUCCUGGCAGGGCGUUGUCUCCUGGAAACACCAACGGGAAGGCCGUGCCCACUGAGCUGCCUCGUCUGGCAGAUCUGGCAAAUACAAUGAAUCUAAAUGACGGGAUCGCACAAGAUCUGAUGGAUGAUUUUCUGGAUAACAUCAAGCUCGUACCAACCACCUGUAGCCAAGCCAUGCAGAAUGGUUCCUCAGGGUUUAGUUUUGGGUCCAAGCCCAACGGGUUAGGGUCACCUUCUUCCACUUCAUCUCCAUCCUCCAACAACUCCUCUAACGGGGGAGGCAAUAGCUACAGUAACUCCAUCUUUAGCCCUUACACAGCAGGCUCCUCCCUACGUCCAUCUCCCAUGCAGACCAUCCAGGAGAAUAAGCAAACUUCAUUUUCCACAACUGGCAUGUCUCACUUUGGCAGCCAAACCCUACAAGAUCUUCUUAACUCUGACAGCCACAAUCACAGUGACGUCAUGAUGACCCAGUCUGACCCAUUAAUGUCACAGGCCAGUGCUGUUGCCAUCAUUUCCCAGAACUCCCGUCGAAAUGUUAUGGUCCGUAACGAUCCUGUCAUGACUUUUGGGACCACUGGUGGACUCCAGAGUAGCCAUAGGGAGAUGCUCCAAACUAACAACCACAACCAGAGCACCAUGAGGUCUUUGAACGGCGAUCUGAACCUCGCCAACGAGGCAAACACUCUGGCUAACGCCAAACAACAACUUCUACUGUCACCGAUUGGUGGAAACGGAACGUCCUCCAUGCAGAUUGACACCUCCAUCUUUCUAAAUGGCCCGGCGAGCAGCAGCGGCGGGUGUCAGGACCGCUUCCCGACAGACCUGGACCUGGACAUGUUCAACAGCGGCAGCUUGGAGUGUGACAUGGAGUCCAUCAUUAGGAAUGAUCUGAUGGAUGCUGAUGGUCUGGAUUUUAAUUUUGAGUCACUGGCCAACAUGAACGGAGUCAGCAACUUCACAAGCACCAAGCAGAGCUGGGUGCCUGGUUGAGACAGAAGAAGAGAACGUCUGACUUACGUGGUGCAAGAGGAGAUCAGACAGAACCUCCCCUUUUUGCCAAACCAGCCAUCAGCACAAUGUAAAAUACAAACCCUGUGUUUACAGAAGCAGACUUCCUCUCACGAGCUUUACCUUCGCUCCCACACUGGUGAACCAUGAACGACCUGACUGACUUUAAAGAUGCUACACAUCAGCCCACAAAUCCUCCUGUGAAAGAAAAAAUCCAUUGUAUAAAAAAAACAACAACAACAACAACAACACAAUAACAACAAGCUUACUAAAAAACAUAGAGUUAUGCAAUUUUUCUUUGACGUCCAGUCAGGAGACACUGCUUAUCAGAAAUAUCUUCAGGUGGAAUUAAAGGACUAAAGGUGAGGUGAAGACAUAAGAAAUCGUGGUGCAGUUGUUCCCACUAAAGACAAAAAAAAAAAAAAGUCAAGACAGGACGUGGGAUGUUUUACAUUUAAAAGAAAUCCAUCUGUUCUUAGUUAUUUUAUCUGUUCACUGAUCUGUUGUAUUUUUUAUUUUAUUUUUUGCCAUUAUUCUGUUUUAUCAAAAAUGUUUCUGGAUCGAUCAUGUCUGUAUAAAAAAAAAACAAAAAAACACAGUUGGUGUGUUGGUGAAAUGAAGAGAAUUGGAGGGACUUGCUGGGUGGUUGUGCACACACUUUUUGCAGGCACUCACACAGACAAACUGACACGUUGAGAAGACCUCAGAAACCUUCGAAGUUGAAAUUCCUUAAAGUUUAUGCCAUGCACUUACUGUUUUUGCUUGAAUUUAAGUAACUUUAACAUAAUAAUCAGCUAAAACUCGCAUCAUUUGAUUCAUUCCUGUGUACACCAAAGUGUGCAUAAAGAAGGAGAAAAGUUGUUGUUGUACUAGCUUCUGGAGAGCUCUGUUGGGCUAGUUUAUUGCACCCCAAGAUGUAGCCAAAAUGAAUACUUGUAUCCUAUAGUUGUGAACAUUUCCACACCACUACAGGUGCUAUAUGAACAGUGUUGAAUCCUGUCCCGAGAGGAAAAUGCGCCUGUUGUUUUAUCUUGGUUCUGCUUUACCUUCGACUGGCGGGAUCCCUGAGCUGCAGCCACAUGUAGCGCAGCCAGAACAAAAAUCACGGAAAGAUUUUUUGUUUUGUUUUGGUUUUUUAGCCUCAUUCCUCUAGAAACCACUUGGUUCUUGAGUUAAAAAAAAAAAAGACAAUAAGCUAUUUCUGUAUAUUGCCAAAUUCACUUGAAACAAACAGUAGUGUAUGCUGGCAGCCAAAUCGCACGUGCACACACACACGCACACACACACACACAUAUGUAUAUAUAUUUUACAUAUACAGAAAAAAAUCUAUAAGCAGGGAUCUGUGUUAAAGCUCUUCUCAUCAAGCAGAUUGCAGGGCUGGUUAUGCAUACACACAAUCACUCAGGGGGGAAAGGGAGGCUUUCCAGUCACAUUGUAAUGGUAUUACUUUUAAAAUUUCUUGAUAAUACAACCUAAUACUCUGUGCUUGUGAACUUGUAACCUGUGAACUUUUGGUCGUUGAGAUGACGCGUAGAAGGGAGGAUAAAUGUCAGGAUUAUUAAGUCACGCAUGUCUUGUUAUUUUAUCCUUACUUUUUUGUUUGUUCUUUGCAGUUUUUCUUCCUCAUGAUAGACACACACACACACGCACGCACACACACACACACACACACACACACACCUCCUCAUGGACACGCCUGGUGCUCCUGCAGGUGAUUUCUUGUAUCUCCCGACUUACAUGUCGAUUUUGUGUGUGCGUUUAUUUACUGUGUCGAUUUCAGUUGGGUUAUUCUCACAAGGAUGUGUAAUAUCUCGUGGUGCAUACAGCACUGUUGGACUGUAUGCAUGUACGUCUUUAUGCAUCAUGGACUGUGUGACAAAUGCAUAUAAUACUCGCUGUUUUGUCCUUAUAUACUCAUUUUAGUACUUGAUCCUUGGGUUUUUGUGAUACCUCUGUAGUUGAAGAAACAUGGAACAACGUUACGCGCCGGAUAAGUGGGAACACUGUUACCAGCGAUUUAACUGUUGAACCUUUUUCUUUUUCUUUCUUUAAAUGGUCGGAAGCGCCAUUGUUGUAGCAUCUGGAAACCGUGAUACCCCUUUCCUGUUUCGGGGUAGUGACAUGAAGUGUAUUCCUUGCUUUGUAUAAUAGUGUACAGAUUUGUGUAUAUCAUUUUGAAGCAGACGCGUCGGUGUGCAUGGUUGGCUAAAAGAGCGACUGUGCGAUCUGAGGUUUUAGUGCAUGGUUUAGCUUGACUCUUCAGGAUGUUCCGUCCCUUUAAGAAUCAUAAUCCGCCGUUGAAUCCUAUGUUUUUGCACCCAAACACAUUUUUUCUGUGGCAUAAAACCCAAGACUUGCAAAGGAACUCUUGCAUCUUCUUACCAUUUAAUAUGUUUAUAGUCAAUGUUGCUCUCUCAAAGUGUACACUCCCCUGUUAGACAGGCAAGUUUUUGUGAUGUAAGAAAUGACACCAUGAUAAAUCAUUUCUAAACCUUUUCCACAUAUAAUGUGAUAUUCAUUCAGAUUAGAAACUACAAUAACCCAGUGACAUAAACAAAUAUUUUUGCUAAAACUUGAUUCCACAACAUUUGUCUAAUGUGUGUUGGAAAAUUCCUCUAAAAUCUCUCUGGUAAUAAUUUUUCAUUUGAAUUGCACAAAAAGUACAGGACAUUAUAUAUGGAAAUACGUUACAUGAUUUUUAAAAGUCCAGUUUAUUUAUAUCACAAAAUGCUGACGUAUCACAGCACUUCUGAGAGCCACCGUACAUGCAUAUACUCUUACAUGAUGUUCAGGAUGAACCUCCCUGGAUAUUUCUUGUUAACAUCCUGCCUGGUGCGCUCACUUACCAACUAUUUAGAGCUUUAAUGUACUAAAAGAUGGAAUACUUUUAGCACAUUAAAAGUAUUCCAUCUUUAAUGUAACACUAUCGUUUGUCUUUGCAGGGAGAAACUAGAUCACUGACUAAUUGUUCAAAAUUCAUCUGCACAGAUUGACACUGACAAGGUAGAUCUCGGGAACGCUCUAAUCCUUUCUUGUGUAAAGAUAGGUUAUUGAUCCCAGAUUAACUGCAAUUCUCAAUCCAAAACAGGGUUUCCUUAUUUUUUUUUUUUUUUUUACAGUGGAGCUGUA